AGCCAAGCUGAAGCCAGGAGCCAGGAACUCCAUAUGUGUCUCCCCUAUGGGUGGCAGAACCCCAACUGUUUGAGCCAACACCCGGUGCCUCCCAGAAUGUGCAGGACACAGGAAGCGGGAUCAGAGGCAGAGUCUGGACUUGAUGGAAAAUACUCAGAAACAGGAUGUGGGUUUCCCAGUGGCAGCUUAACUUCAACAACACUUACCCUGAUUUCUUAUGUUUUUAAUAAGCAUUACUUGUUACGCAAUAGGAAAAUUGGGGAGCAUGAAGGUUAUGUUAGGCAGAACCAUUGUGUGAUCAUUAGAGCUCUCAUCUUGGAAUCUGUGAGCCUCAUAACCUCUCCCUUUAAACAAGUAACCACGAAUAGUUUUUGUUGUUGUUUUUUUUUUUUUUUUCGCUCAUGAGGCAAAAUAGUGGGGAAGGAAUUAGUAUGAAGCCUUUUUUUCUUGCAGAAGAAAGACUAUAUAAUUCUAAUAGGAUGUUUCAAAAAGUUUGUGAACAGAUGGAAUUAAAAGGUAAGCUUAUUGUAAUACAAGAACUUUUGAGAGGCUUGCAGUUUUUCAUGAUAGUAUUUUCCAUGAACUUUUUGAAGACCUGUUAAAUAUUAAAUGAGUAAGUUAGAUGCAGAGAUUAUCUUUAUAGAUCCAGGUUAGCCCAGGCAAAGUCCAUUUAUAAUAAUGGUGGGUUAUAAAGGAAGAAACCCAUUUGAACUUUUGAAUGAGAGUUUUUUUCUUUUCUCUCCCCAGUCCUUGCAGGAAAGAAGAAAGCCUGAGACAUCAGUGUGUGAAGACCUGGUCGGUCCUGAGUAGCAGUUGUUUUGCUGCUUAGAUGCCUUCUGCAAAGCAUCUGAAAUAAACUGCUCAAGUAAAUCUUUACAGGCCUAGAGCCAGAAGUACUGAAUUCCAUUGACUUUGGGAUAAAAGAAAAACAGCAGUCCUGGUUGUCAUCAUAAAUAUAUGAACGAAUGUGAUGGUGAAAUGAGAUGAGGCUCCGAAAUGGAAUUGUAACCACUGCUUUAGCAUUUGUCACUUCUUUCCUUACCUUGUCUUGGUAUACUACAUGGCAAAAUGGGAGAGAAAAAUUGAUUGCUUACCAACGAGAAUUUCUUGCUUUGAAAGAACGCCUUCGAAUUGCUGAACAUAGAAUUUCACAGCGCACCUCUGAAUUAAAUACCAUUGUACAGCAGUUCAGGAAUGUAGGAGCAGAAACAAAUGGAAAUAAUACCAUAAAACUGUUAAAAGAGUUAACAAGCAAAAAAUCUCUUCAAGUGCCAAGUAUUUAUUAUCAUUUGCCUCAUUUAUUGAAAAAUGAAGGAAGCCUUCAACCUGCUGUGCAGAUUGGUAAUGGAAGAACAGGAGUUUCAAUAGUAAUGGGAAUUCCUACAGUGAAGAGAGAAGUUAAGUCUUACCUCAUAGAAACUCUCCAUUCCCUUAUUGAUAAUCUGUAUCCUGAAGAGAAGCAGGACUGUGUUAUAGUAGUCUUCAUUGGAGAGACAGAUAUUGAUUAUGUACAUGGUGUUAUAGCCAAACUGGAGAAAGAAUUUUCCAAAGAAAUCAGUUCUGGCUUGUUAGAAGUCAUAUCGCCUCCUGAAAGUUAUUAUCCUGAUUUAACAAAUUUAAAGGAGACAUUUGGAGACUCUAAAGAGAGAAUCAGAUGGAGAACAAAGCAAAAUCUAGAUUAUUGUUUUCUAAUGAUGUAUGCUCAGGAGAAGGGCAUAUAUUACAUUCAGCUUGAAGAUGAUAUUAUUGUCAAACAGAAUUACUUUAACACCAUAAAAAAUUUUGCACUCCAACUUUCCUCCGAGGACUGGAUGAUUCUAGAGUUUUCCCAGUUGGGCUUCAUUGGUAAAAUGUUUCAAGCACCAGACCUCACUCUGAUAGUAGAAUUCAUAUUUAUGUUUUAUAAAGAGAAACCCAUUGAUUGGCUCUUGGAUCAUAUUCUCUGGGUGAAAGUCUGCAACCCUGAAAAAGAUGCCAAACAUUGUGAUAGACAAAAAGCAAAUCUGCGAAUUCGUUUCAGACCUUCCCUUUUCCAACAUGUUGGUCUGCAUUCCUCAUUAUCGGGAAAAAUUCAGAAACUCACGGAUAAAGACUACAUGAAGCCAUUGCUUCUCAAAAUCCACGUAAACCCACCUGCAGAGGUAUCAACUUCCAUGAAGGUUUACCAAGGACAUACACUCGAGAAAACUUACAUGGGAGAGGAUUUCUUCUGGGCUAUAACCCCAGUAGCUGGAGACUACAUCUUGUUUAAAUUUGAUAAGCCAGUCAAUGUAGAAAGUUAUUUGUUCCACAGCGGCAACCAAGAGCAUCCUGGAGAUAUUCUGCUAAAUACAACAGUGGAAGUUUUGCCUUUAAAGAGUGAUGGUUUGGAAGUGAGCAAAGAAACCAAAGACAAACGAUUAGAAGAUGGCUACUUCAGAAUAGGAAAAUUUGAGAAUGGUAUUGCAGAAGGAAUGGUGGAUCCUAGUCUAAAUCCCAUUUCAGCUUUUCGACUUUCAGUUAUUCAAAAUUCUGCAGUCUGGGCCAUUCUUAAUGAGAUUCAUAUUAAAAAAGUCACAAAUUGAUCAUCAAUGAAACCAAAACAGUUUUUCCUGUGAAUCUGUUAAAGACAGUUAAGCAUGUACCUUUUUUUUUUUUAAACUUGAACACUACCUCUUGUGAGAUCUACUGUAGAUAUGGUUGUCAUUUCCACUUGGAAAGUGAAUCUCCCAUGGAUAAUUGUACACAACUGAAACCAUGCUGUCCUCUGAUUUUAACUAUCUCAAACAUUUUACAAUUAUGACAGCCUGUUAAUAUGACUUGUACUAUUUUGGUAUUAUACUAAUACAUAAGAGUUGUACAUAUUGUUACAUUCCUUAAAUUUGAGAAAAACUAAUGUUAAAUACAUUUUAUGAAGGGGGUACUUUUGAAUUUCAUUUAUUUUAAUAUUAUAGGCCCUCUUUUAUAGAUUAUCAGGGAUUAUAUAUAAAUAUAUAAAUAUACAUAAAAAGUUCUGGAAUUAAUUUAUUAGAAACACCUUAGAAGUACAUAUUUUUGUGCAGUAAAUUUUUGGACUGAUACUUUUUUUGAAAACCAGUUACCUUGCUUUUUUAAGUUCUUUCUAUGUUUUCUUUGGAAAUGCAAACAUUACAAAUCAAUGCCAUUUUUCAAAUGCACUGCCAUUUCAGAUUGAUUAUAGAUGGAUUUCUUAAAUGAAGUACUUUUAUAAUUGCAAUGAUUCUGAACAAACUAUUCUCAAAGGCAUUUGUCAUUCCUACAAAUCAAGAUUUUAAAAACCAACAUCCUUCUUGAGGGUUAUGUUACCAUACUGUGUGUGGUACGUGUGUCAGCUUCUCAUUAUUAUACCGAAAUUUGAUACAAUCUAUUUGUGAAGGAGAUAUGUUUAUUUGGGUUCACAGUUUUGCAGGUUUACAGUCCAAGAUUGGGAAGAGCCUACUGGUUCAGUCUCUGGUGGUGAUGUUACUGGCCAAGGCAUCCCCUGGAGAGAGGGAGCAUGUGUGUCUGUGAGUCCUCUUAGAAAGCCGUGGGAAUGUGACCACAGGGGUUCACCCUGACAACCCCGUCCAAUCUGAGCACCUUCCAAAGGCCUCUUCUCGAGACAGCAUAACUGGAUGAAGUUCCCACCCCGUAGCACCAUAAACAUAGGACUUUGAGGACCAAAUCUUUACUAUUUGAUCCUUUGGAGGAUAUUCCGCAUCCAAACCACCUGAACCAUAAUAGCUUAUGGUCACAGAAAAUCAGGGUGAUAACUUUCAACAUACUGAAUUACAUAUACUUGUUCCAUUUCUUGAUAUGUAAGAUGACAGUGUCUUUUGUCCUUUCUAGUCUGUUUUUAAUCUGUGAAUUCAGGUGCAUUAUCUCUUUUCUUAUUGAUCAUUUUUAUACCUGUACACAUCAGUUGUGAUGAAACGUGUUAGGUAAUGCUAUUGCAAGGGUCCUAAGUGGCUUAGUUUAAAAAAAAGCAACAAGAUUGUAACAUUGGUGUUUUGGUGAAAGGUAUUGAUUGUAACAGUUGUGUUUUCCCAAAAUGAUUUAUUCUGUUAUAUAUAAAUUCCAUGUCCAAAAAAAGCCUGUUUCUUUUAAGCACGUAAUUCCGAGUAUUACUACUGUAAAUGAAGAAUAUUCUCAGUCCCAGCAAUCAGUGAUCUUUUCUAAAGUACAAGAGAACAGUAUGAAUGAUGAACGUGAGUUCCCAUUCUCCUUGGACUACCCAGUCGCAGGGAUGUUACAGAUGGGCAGAGAUGGACCUGCUGAGUUCUCAGAGGAGCUCCUGGUGGAGGGCUUUGUGGGCUCGGCGUCAGCUGGUUGCCCAGUGUGCUGGGCAGACUCACACACUGUCACUUUCAAUGUGUUGUUAUGAAGUAAAAAAUCGGUAAAGUGCAGUUAUUGCCACUAUUCUAUAAUUCUGAUUUUGGAUUACUUUUGAUGCUUGUAGUGAUUUUUGUGUCAGUUAAUAUCCGGCUGAAGUUUUUAACUGGCAUUUUUUUAGGCCUUUUAUUUAAGUUCAGAUUUUCUUGUCAGAUUUCCUUGGCCCAGUGACUACAGACAAACUUCACUGGCAAGCAGAAUAUCUGCUGUAUAUAAGACCAUAUCGGCACCAGCUUAGCAUACUAAAUUACUGGGGUUUUGGAAUUGUUUGGUUGUCUCAAUAGCCAAUUCUGAUUUCAGGAAGAAAGGUCAUGCUCUGAAGAUGUAGUGAAGAGAUGCUAGGACUCCUGAUACCAUUUGUUGCAGCUACUUUAAGCAGUCUGCCUAGCCAGCUGUCCUCAUGGCUCUCUCCCCUCCCAGGUUUACUUGCACCCCCACCCUCUGCAGCCUGUUCCUAAAGACCCUUUUUAGUCACGUCCUUUCCAUCCACCUUUGCCUUCCUCCAACUGGCUGUUUCUAGACCUGGGAUGUGUCUGGCACAUGGCAGGUGUCCAGUGAGCAACUGGUCUGCCUAUCCUGUUUGUCUCUCAGCUCCCUUUCCCUCCUAUCCUUGCCACACACAGUACAGGUGUACUCAUUGGUUUAGUUGUUUCGUCAUGGGUGCAUCUGUGGGAUGUGUUCUCUUCUCCCAAACUUCAAGCUCUAGAGGUGAGGCUGUAAUUCAUACUUCUGCCUGCUUCUACUGCAGCAAGUGCUCAGACUUAAUUGGCAGUGGCCUCCUCAUUGCCCAACUCUACACUAGACAAUAACAAGCAUCUGUGAUAGUACAUUAGUGUUAGGGCACAAGACUGGAUAUUAAGAGUACUUGGAACUCAAAAGUUAAAUUCUUGACCUCUGCCAACGUAGAACUACUGUUACCAAAACUGCAAAUGAGGAAAGUGUCAAACAAUAGAAUAUAUAUAUAGCAUAGCUUGGGAUCUGACAGUAACUCACAUACACUGUUCAGACUUCCAUGCUGGGUGGGCUGAGCCAUGACAUGGUGGCUGCUUGAUAAAAUUCAGUUCUACAGUCACAUUAAUUAUAUUUUAAGUGCUCAUUGACACAGGGGGUCAGUGGCCAGCACACUGGAUACCACAGGUAUCCCUCACUGCAGAAAGUGCUGUUGGAGAGGACUGUGCCCAGAGUGCUAGGGUAGACAUCUUAGAAGUCAGAAUUGGGAAAUUUUGAUAGUGAGGUUAAAGCACAUACAUGGAUAUAUCCUGUGUACUGUUGGUGUUUGUUGAGAAAGUUUAGGAUGUAGGAUUUCUAAGUUUUUUGCUGUCAUCUCAUGCAUUUUCCACUGCAUGCAUUAUACAUGGUAGUCAAAAGAUAGUAUAACUGAAAAGCUUUGAAAAAACUAAUGCAAAUGGACUAUUUCAGCUAAAAUGUAUACUAAAAUGCUGUAUGGUCAACCACUGAAGAUUAUUUGAACAAAGGUACCGCAUAGCUUUUCAAAGUAGUGGAUGCACUGGUAAAUAAUUAUAUGAUAUGGUUAUUUUCAAAAUCAUCAGCAAGAUUCUGAAAGCUUCUAAAAAAUCUAUUGUGAGAAUGAAAAAAUGUCUUCCACCAGUGCUGCCCCUCAGAAAAAGCUGGGUUAUAUUUGGGUUUGCAGAUUCUUCUAAUUAAUAGUGUAGGCAGUUAUAGAAAUAUCCCCUCAGUGUGAGAACCCGUGAAUGUGACCCAAGCUGAUAUCCAAUUGCAUAGCAAAGGGGAGAUUAUUUAGGGCUGUUUAAUCAGAUCUUCAGCUCUUCAGAAACAGGAUUUUCUCAGGCUGGCUCAAGCACUGUUGCUGCUUUUGGGUCAAAGGGGCCACAUGGGGCGGAUGGGAAGGCCUUAAGGAGCUGAGGCAUGGGCUGACGGUCAAGGAGAUAGGAACAGUCACAGUGAGCUUGGCAGUCGAGUCACCUGCAGAUGAAACACCCAGCCUGGCAAACACCUUGAUCCUGGCUUCAUGAAAUCCUGCUUGAGUGGAGGACCCAGGUACAGUACGCUCGCUUGGGUUUCUGAUCUCACAGAACUGUGAGCUAGUAAAUGUUGUUUUAAGCUGCUCUGUCCUAAUCUGUUACAGAAAACAAAUGCAUUGUGCAAAAGAGGCAGAAUCUUCAUUCUUGAGUUCCUAAAGAUAUUCCUGUAGGGUAUUUUGUGAUGAAUUCAUGAAUAGUCUUUGCUACCACAUACUGAAGCAUCAUCUUGGAUGCUUUCUGCCAGAGAACUCAAAUAGUCUUCACUAGAAGUGUGCUGACAAAAAGCCGUAGUAUUUUAGUGGUGUUUUAUAAACUACUAAAAUGGGAUUGCAGAAAAAGAACCGGAAGUAAUAUAUAAUUAGUGAUAUUACUUGAUAGUGAUCAACACUGCUUUGACUAUGAGAAGUGUACUAAAGAAUGCCAGUGAAAUUCUGAGAAAAAAUAACUUCGGUCCUAAUGCAGAGACCAGAUAUUCUAAUCUGGAUGAAGGUCUUAUAAUUUUUUAAAUCAAAAUUUAGCUUAUCUAGCACAGAUCAAAUCCUGCAUGUGCCAAAUGAGUGUUGUACUUUGCAAAUAUUUUCCAAAAUACCUGUUUUCAAACCAUUAACUGUCAAUGAGGUUAAUAUUGGCUUACUCACUAGUAUUUUGGUUAUUAUUUACUGUCAGUCUUGACAUGAGAUACACUAGAGGAAAGGAAAUUAAGCUAAAUACUGUCAAAGAUCAGAAAUCUCAAUCAUAUGUUAAGGGAACUUAGUUUGGAACAGUUUUUUUUUUUUAACAGAGAUUGGAGUUGAUUAUGUAAUAAAAUUUAGUGGAAAAUUUGGUUAAUUGUGACAUUUUAAUCUUAACAGUUCAAUGCUGUGACUGCUGUUUCAUAGAUCCAUGUGCACAUUGCAAAAAAGUCUAAUACCACAGUAUUUUUUUUUAAAAAAAGCAACCAAAUGGAGGAUUUUGCUAAAUGAAUCCAUAGCAGCAGGUACAUGGAGCGCCUCUGUUAUCCAGAACACUCAUUUCACCAGUUUGGGCAUGUAACUGGAACACUGUGGAAGGGACAAGCAGGAAGAAGGACUAGCAGGCCACAGUGAGCUGAGCUGUGAAAGUAAGUGCAGUGCAAAAACCCAGUGGUGCUACAACUGUUCUAACAUGAGAAUCUUUUACUAUCCAUGAAUGUUAGGGAGAGUGUUUUAUGUCACUUGCUUCCUAGUUGUUUUGUGCUAAUACUCAAGUUGUCUUGGAUUAAAGGUUUGGUAUUUAUAGCUUGAUUGGCAUUCCAUUAUUUAUUUGAAAUGCUGUUUGCUCAAAUUUGGUGAAAAUACCUUUUGAAGACAUAAUUCUCUGAGCCUUAAAUAUGGUUGAUACCGACAGUACUGUAAGAUGCACUGCCAGCAGAUUUGUUACUUUUCAUUCCAGUGUAGAUAGAAUUUUUGAGGAAGAUUUAGAAAUCAGCUCGGUUUAAUGUUUUUAUUUGUGGAAUUAAAAAGGUGUGACUCAUUCAAAACACUUCCCUUAGGCUGUCAUUACAUUCGAGGAUGUUUCUGGAAGCACUGCUUCAGAAGCUGCCUGAGGAAUCUCUUGGCCAAGAUGUACUAGCUGUUUUUUCCUUAAGUAUAUUGUACAUAUUUCCCUUGAAAGAUCUUCACUGGUUGAAUGGCUAAUCUUUGUAGUAAUAUUUUAUUAGGUACCUGUUGGAUUUUUAAAGGAAGAUUAUUUAUUUUGAAGUUUGCUGCUAUAAUUGAAAACCUAAAUAACUGGUCCUGUUGACUGUGCCUUUCAUCACUGUUUUCUCUGUGCCACAACCAUUCAUCUGUAUUUGAAAUAAGCUUAAAAAGUCAUGCUGAGAUUUCUUCUAAUAAAAACAGGUGAACUGAAA